AUGAAGGCCGUGCAACUCGAACAGCCGCCCAAUGGUGCCAAGAAAGGCGAGCGCCACGUCGUCGCCGUGCGUGAUGUGCCCAUGCCCAGGCUCCAUGGAAACAUGGUCUUGGUCAAAAUCCUUGCAGCAGGGAUGAACCGGCGUGACGAAUGGUCCGCACUGGGUCUCUACCCCGGACUGACCUUUGAGAAUGCGACGCUGGGUUGCGAUGGCUGCGGCGUAGUGGUCGACCCUACGACGCUGGAGCCGAAAGCUUAUGCGCCUCUGUACCUGAUCACACCCUCACGUGGCUGGCUUCGCGAUCCGGCGGGCCCCGAGGCGGCGCUGCCGAACGCCCCCAACAGUAUCCGUAAGAACGAGUACGGUGGUGAGGGCUUUGCCAUCCUCGGUGCGACACGCGGCGUGUGCGGUGCUGGUACGUUUACCGAGUACAUGGGCGUGGACCCCUCUCAGCUCAUCCCCAUUCCCAAGCAUCUGACGGCGGUACAAAGUGCGGCGUUGCCCUGCGCAGCCGUUACCGCGUACCGCGCUGCGUUUACCAAAGCCAACAUCCAGUCUGGGCAAAAUGUCUUGAUUACCGGUAUCGGUGGUGGUGUGGCGCUCAUGGCGCUGCAGCUCGUUGUGGCGGCCGGCGCGAACGUGUACGUCACCGGCGGUUCCCCCGAAAAGAUUGAGCGUGCCAAAACGCUUGGCGCGAAAGGCGGUGCGCUGUACCGCGACGCCGACUGGCCCAAACAAGUCCGAGGCCUGCUCUCUGCCGAGCGCCCUUACUUGGAUGCGGUAGUCGAUUCAGCAGGUGGCGAAAUCAGCGCACAGGCGAUCCAGGCCGGUCUGCGGGACGGCGGCAAGGUCGCCGUGUUUGGCAUGACGGCAGUGCCCAAAACGACGUUUUCGAUGCGCGAAGUGCUCAAGAACGUGGAUCUACAAGGCACGACCCUCGGCUCUGCGCACGAGUUUGCCGAGUGCAUGCGUUUCAUUGAGCGCCAUCAGAUCCAGCCGUGCAUCGACACGGUGCUGGAUGGGCUGGACAAGGUCAAUGACGGCCUGGCGCUCCUUGCCAAUGCAGAGAAGCGCUCCGGCGGCAAAGUCGUGCUGAAAGUAAGCAGUGUGUCGAGCCAGGCUACGCUGUGA